GAUUCAUCCAAUGAAAGACUCGCACUACCGGAACUACCACACAUUUAAACCAUUGGCGGUGCAGAAUUUAUAUUUGAAAGAGCGAGCAGUGUUUGGGAACUCUGUCGAAAUCUUUUAUCCAUACGUGGUCGAAAUGGACUCGCUUCUUUCCAAAUAUCUUGUUGGGGUAACCAUACAAAUCAGUCGGAGCAACGGACGAAUCCAUGGAGCCACCGUGAAAGCCUUUGACCCAUGUAGGUCCUCGGUGAUCGUAGAGUGGCAAGAAAAGGACGACAAAUUACUCUCAAAGGAGAUUAGCUUGAACGAACUACACCCCCUCAACCCAGAACUGCAGGAUCAAAUCAAUGCUGCUGCUGCUGCCGAAACCGGGGUCCUCCCUACUACAGUACCAGAAAAGACUUAUGGUGGUCGGCUGCGCUCCAGGAUCCCAGCCCCUUCCUCCUCCACUACUCCGUCAGCCUCGAAGAGAGAGGAGGCAGAAGAGAAAGUUGCUAGGAAGACGAUCAAGCCUUCUGAUUUAUACCAGUUUGCUGCCUGUGCACCACCCCAGAGUCUGGAGGUCCUUGCAUCGGUCAAAUCCUCGUUGACGGCGAUUAACCUGAACAAGAAGGACGAGUUCAAGCAGCCGUCCCCGGCUCUGCCUCGGAGCAAAGACGCCGCCGGUGAGAACCGGGAUCCACAGAACCGACCCAAGGCGUCGUUGGCUGACGGGCGGAGGAGGACCAUGGCAGCACCGGACUCUUCCAAGGCCAGUAAAAGGAUGUCUGUUGUUAUCAAACCAGCCACACAGGGAAAAAGAGGAAAGUUUGCAGAGUUUAAACGACCCAACCAGAAGUUCUACGAGAUGGUCCAGGAUUUCAGGGAGACUCUUGAAAGUGUGCCCCUGUCAUUGACUGACAUGGUUGAAACCCAUAGGAUUUGUGUCUGCGUGCGCAAGCGACCGCUCAACAAACUAGAGGAGACCAGGAAGGACAUAGACGUGAUCUCCAUACCUGGGAACGGCUCUCUGCUGGUUCACGAGCCAAAGCAGAAGGUGGACCUCACCAAGUACUUGGAAAACCAGGCGUUCCAAUUUGACUACUCCUUUGACGAGACCACCACCAACGAGGUGGUCUACAGGUUCACAGCCAAACCCCUUGUGUAUGCUGCUUUUGAAGGAAGCAUGGCCACAUGUUUCGCCUAUGGCCAGACGGGAAGUGGAAAGACCCACACCAUGGGAGGGGACUUUCGUGGAAAAAACCAGAACAGCAGCACCGGCAUUUACUACUUUGCAGCCCGGGAUGUGUUCUCCCUGCUGAGCCACAGAAAAUACUCCCACCUCAAUCUUUCCCCAUACGUCAGCUUUUUUGAAAUUUACAACAGCAAGGUGUACGACCUGCUGAACGAUAAGGCGAAGCUGCGCGUGCUGGAGGACGAACGGCAGCAGAUGCAGGUGGUGGGCCUGGAGGAGGUCUUCGUCUCCGAGGCGGAAGACGUCAUCAAGUUGAUUGAGCUGGGCAGUGCGUGCAGGACGUCCGGGCAGACCUCGGCCAACGCCAACUCGUCCCGCUCCCACGCCGUCCUGCAGAUCGCCCUGCGCCGCAACGACCGCGCCGGCACCCUCUACAGCAAGUUCUCCCUGGUGGACCUGGCGGGCAACGAGCGCGGCCAGGACGUCAACAGCAACGACCGCAACACGCUGAACGAGACGGCCGAGAUCAACACCAGCCUGCUGGCACUGAAGGAAUGUAUUCGGUCCCUGGGACAGAACAAAGAUCACAUCCCCUUCAGGAUGAGCACUCUGACCAGGGUCCUUAGAGAUUCCUUCAUCGGAGAAAAGUCCAAGACUUGCAUGAUUGCCAUGGUCUCUCCAAGCAUGGCAUCAUGUGACUAUACCCUCAACACCCUACGCUAUGCAGACAGAGUCAAGGAGCUCAACGGAACCUCCAAAGCGAGUGCGGCAGCAAAGCAGCAAGAGCCCGUCAAUAGCUCUGCAGAAGAGAACUCCUCUGCAGAUUCCAGUGUGAACGAGGUCAUCUCUGAGGCAAUGGUGCUGAAGGACGAGUUUGACGAGGAACUUCAGAGCGUCAUUGAUGUUGCCAAGGAUCUAGAAACCGAUGACGCUAGUCUUCCCGUUCUGGUGGAUUGUGUCAAAAAGUUGUAUGGCACCGUGCUGGCACUGCAGGCCGCUGUGAAACUGGAGGGGCUGGCAGCUCGUUGCUGAAGAAACCGCUUGUCAUUAUGUCUUCACACUAAUGUUGUUUUUAUGAAUAUUUUUGUGUUUUCCUGUCUUUGUGUGUUCACACUUAUGUUGUUUUUAUCGAUAUUUUUGUGUAUUUUUCAAAUAAGAAAUAAAAUUAAGGGUCUUCCUCUAUAUGAGGUUGUGUUUUAUAGAAAACAAGCAAUGUUAGUGUUCAUAUUUCUAUCCCUAAAGUAAGACUAUAAAGAAAUAUAAUCUCGCGUCUAAUAACAAAUGUAUACUUUCAAGCAGGCGGUCUUCAUGUAUCUUUAAUCAAUAACAUGCUAAACCUGACUCACUGACAUAAUAAAUGAAUAAAAAAAUAAAUGAA